CCGGCCAUCUAACAGGACAGGUCUCUAGCGCACUCCAGCUCUCUGCUAGCCAGCCCGGGCAGGAGCUGUCAUGUCGCCUUUUCUUCGAAUUGGUUUGUCCAACUUUGACAGCGGGCCCUAUCAGCCAUGUCAGGGAGAAGUGGUCAGCCCGUACUGCGCCGUGCUUGUCAAAGAAUCUGUUGAAUCAGAAAAUGGGCAAAUCUACGUCCAGAAGAAGCCCACCAUGUACCCACCCUGGGACAGCACUUUCGAUGCUCACAUCAAUAAGGGGAGAGUGAUGCAAAUCAUAGUGAAGGGGAAAAACAUGGACCUGAUCUCUGAAACAACUGUAGAACUCUACUCCUUGGCAGAGAGAUGCAAGAAAAACAAUGGAAAGACAGAAAUUUGGUUAGAGCUGAAACCUCAAGGCCGCAUGCUAAUGAAUGCAAGAUACUUUCUGGAAAUGAGUGAUGCUAAAGACCUAAGCACAUUUGACACAGAAGGCUUCUUUACACUGCAUCACCGCCGAGGAGCUAUAAAACAAGCCAAAGUCCACCACGUCAAGUGUCAUGAGUUCACCGCCACCUUUUUCCCGCAGCCCACUUUCUGCUCUGUCUGCCAUGAGUUUGUCUGGGGUCUUAACAAGCAAGGGUAUCAGUGCCGACAGUGUAAUGCAGCAAUUCACAAGAAAUGCAUUGAUAAAGUUAUAGCCAAGUGUACAGGAUCAGCUGUCAACAGCAGAGAAACAAUGUUCCACAAGGAGAGAUUUAAAAUUGAUAUGCCCCAUAGAUUUAAAGUCUACAAUUACAAGAGCCCGACUUUCUGUGAACAUUGUGGAACCCUACUUUGGGGACUGGCAAAACAAGGGUUAAAGUGUGAUGCAUGUGGCAUGAACGUUCACCACCGAUGCCAAACAAAGGUGGCCAACCUUUGUGGGGUAAACCAGAAACUCAUGGCUGAAGCUCUGGCAAUGAUCGAAAGCACACAACAGGCUCGAUGCUUACGUGACACAGAACAGAUCUUCAGAGAAGGUCCGAUUGAAAUUGGUCUCCCCGUCCACAUAAAGCAAGGAACAGCAAUUCCAUAUUUACCCAUUUCUACAGCUGGAAAAAAAGAGCCUCAGGGAAUCUCCUGGGAGUUGCCAGUGGAAGGGAUGGUGAGCACCGAACCUCUUUCAGGACCAGUACUGAAGACAGAACAACCAUCCCUCAGGAUGAAAUUCAGUAUUGAGGAUUUCAUUUUGCACAAAAUGUUGGGAAAAGGAAGUUUUGGCAAGGUAUUCCUGGCAGAAUUCAAGAAAACGAACCAAUUCUUUGCAGUAAAAGCCUUGAAGAAAGAUGUUGUUUUGAUGGACGAUGAUGUUGAGUGUACGAUGGUGGAAAAGCGAGUUCUUUCACUGGCCUGGGAACAUCCGUUUCUAACUCACGUGUACUGCACAUUCCAGACUGAGGAAAACCUCUUUUUUGUGAUGGAAUAUCUCAAUGGAGGAGACCUGAUGUACCAUAUCCAAAACUGCCACAAGUUUGAUCUUUGUAGGGCCACGUUUUAUGCUGCUGAAAUCAUUCUUGGACUACAGUUCCUUCAUUCCAAAGGUAUCAUCUACAGGGACCUAAAACUGGACAACAUUCUGUUAGACAAAGAUGGACACAUAAAAAUAGCUGAUUUUGGCAUGUGUAAGGAGAACAUGUUUGGAGACAUGAGGACAAGCACCUUCUGUGGAACCCCUGACUACAUUGCUCCAGAGAUCCUGCUGGGUCAGAAAUACAACACUUCUGUGGACUGGUGGUCCUUUGGUGUCCUCCUCUAUGAAAUGCUAAUUGGUCAGUCACCUUUCCACGGCCAAGAUGAAGAAGAGCUCUUCCAUUCUAUCCGAAUGGACAACCCUUUAUACCCAAACUGGCUUCAGAAGGACGCCAAGGAUCUUUUAGUAAAGCUUUUUGUGAGAGAACCUGAACGAAGACUGGGGAUAAAAGGGGACAUCCGUCUGCAUGCCUUCUUCAGGGAGAUCAACUGGGAGGACCUUGAACGAAAGGAGAUUGAGCCGCCAUUCAAACCCAAAGUGAAAUCUCCAAGCGACUGCAGCAACUUUGAUAAAGAAUUCCUGAAUGAGAAACCACGGCUAUCAUUUGCUGACAGAACACUGAUAAACAGCAUGGACCAAAAUAUGUUCAGCAAUUUUUCUUUCAUUAACCCUAAGAUGGAGAGGAUGUUAUCCUGAGGAUUCAGUAUUAGCAGAACCCUUUCUGGACGAAGGGAUUUACCCUCUCUCUUUGAACUGGCCCAAACGACACUUAUCAUGUCCCUUUUUCAUCUCAGAGAAGAAAAGAAACACUCACCAGUGAGGACUCCCAGCUUUUACCAAUACUCCCCACAUUUAUCCGUAGAGUAAGCCACCUCUACUUCACUAACGACAAAUGUCUUUCGUUACAUCUCCUGCCAUCUUUUACAGAGUGCUCUCGAAUUUCAGGGCAUUCGAGAAAGGACUCGCCAUGAGGUUCAGAUUUGCCACCUCGCUCCCUGCACAGUAGUAAUUUACUUGAAAGAUGGUACUGCGUACUGUGAAAGAUUGAACAACUUAAUACUGCCCUAAAUUAGCCCCUGCACUUGAGUACAAAGUGCCAAUCAAUGGACUCUUUGGUGAAUCAAGGCACAAACUGCAUACGAAACGUCUCAGGACUAUAACAGCGAAUUGCCAGAUGCCGUAACAAUUGUCCUCCAGCCUCAGACCAGGAGCUGCUGACCUAUUUUACCCCAUUCACAUCUGUGGAAGCUUAAAUGGCCAAAAGAAAACUGAGAACAGUAACAAGGUUUUCAUGGGAAUCCUUUCACAAUAAAUGUAGCCUGUCACUUGAGAUUUUCAAAACCAUUCAUUCUGAUUAUCCAUGUCCCCCACACUGUUUUGCAAGAGAUAACAUUGGUAAGUUGGAAGAACAUGUCACCUGGUGUAGUUUUCCCUGGAAGCUGAAUAGACUAUUUCAUCCGAUUGUCCUGGCAAUGAAGAAAUUAAAUGUAGAAUCUACUAAAGAUGAUAUCAAAUUAUUUCCCUCAAUUAAAACUUGCCUUGACUUUCUACCGAUACAUUUUUCGCUUGAUACCAUAUUUCAUGGCGAUCAUCCUCACUUUAUAAAAGGAAAAGGAACAACUAUCACGACAACUGAAAACACCCAACAUCAUAAUACUCCAGGGAGACUAGCCUGUUAUCUCUUACAUCUCUUUCUGUGCAACGUUCAAGAUAAAGAACCGUGCCUGUUACUUACAGUAGUCACCUGUUUAAUUAGAAUUCUUAGCCAGUGCACUUUGGAAGUGUCAUUGCUGUAUGUACAGUUUAAUAAAAUGUUGUGACUUAAUGGCAAAUUGUAUGUGUGUG